AUUAUCGUUUCAUUUCUUUCAUUGUUUUUCAACUUUGAGUUUUUUCUCUCUCUGUUCAUCAUUUUCUCUCUCUAAAACUUGUUUUGAUUUUGUUAGAAACAAAAACAAAUCAAUGGCGGUUGAAUUGAUGAUGGGGGCAUACAAGAGUAGUACUGAUAGUUUUGCUGCACGGAUGGAAGAGAAUGCUGUCCGUGAAGCUACAUCUGCUGGUCUUCAAAGUGUCGAAAAACUCAUCAAAUUACUCUCACAAAAUGAACAUCUUCAUCAACAACACCAUCAACAACAAACACAACAACAGAAUAAUGAUUCUGAUUACAAGGUUGUUGCUGACCUUGCAGUUAAUAAGUUCAAAAAAGUCAUCUCUCUCCUCGACCGCAAUCGCACCGGCCACGCCCGCUUCCGCCGUGGCCCACUCAAUAAUCAACAACAACAACAACAACACCCGCAACAACAACAACAACAACAACAACAACAACAACAACAACAACAACAACAACAACAACAACAACCGCAACAACAACAACAACAACAGCAACAACCGCAGCAGUUGAUGUUAGAAAGCAAGCCAUCACAUGGUUCAGCUUUCACAAGGGUAUACAGUUCAACAACACAGAUCCAACGACUACCACCGUUGCCGCACAGUAACUUCCAUAGUUCAGCUGUUGGGGUACCGAAGCAAAUAGAGAGGAAAGAUUCAUCAACAACUAUUAAUUUCUCAUCAUCACCUGCUAUGUCGGCAACUAAUUCUUAUAUCUCAUCGUUAACUGGUGAUACUGAUAGUGUUCAACCUUCAAUGUCUUCUGGGUUUCAAAUUACUAAUUUGUCACAGGUUUCAUCUGUUGGAAAUGGGAAACCUCCACUUUCUUCUUCUUCUUUAAAGAGGAAGUGUAAUUCCAUGGAUGAUUCUAAGUGUGCUGGAUCUUCUGGCCGUUGCCAUUGCCCCAAACGAAGGAAGUCAAAAGUAAAGAGGGUGGUAAGAGUAGCAGCAAUAAGUUUGAAGAUGGCUGAUAUUCCACCAGAUGAUUAUUCAUGGAGAAAAUACGGUCAGAAGCCAAUCAAAGGAUCUCCCCACCCAAGAGGGUACUACAAAUGUAGUAGCGUGCGGGGAUGUCCAGCGCGUAAACAUGUGGAGCGCGCGUUAGAUGAUUCAUCGAUGUUGAUCGUGACCUACGAAGGAGAUCAUAGCCACCCGCAGUCUGUUACCGACGCUACAGUUGCUGCAGCGCUUGUACUAGAAUCAUCUUAGUCAAACAAGAAUGGAUCCUAUUAAAUCACACACGACGAAUAUUGUGUUUGAUAUGGGUUGGGACCCACUUUCGUGGAUUGAUCGCAACCGUUCAAAGAAGAGGAGACGAUGAUAAAAAAAAAUACUAUUACUACUUCUAUGAUGAAGAUGUCAUCACAAGUGAAGGGACUUACUUUACUUAACAUUUUGUCAAUUGGUCAACUAAAAAGAAAGUCCAAGGCAGCUUCUUCAAGAAAAUUAAAAUUAAAUAGUGGAGUGGUGGUGGUGGUUUUGGUGGGUGUAAUGUCACCUACCAAUUUACCAAAUACUCUUUUAAAGAAUUGGGAAGCCCACCCUCUUUUGUUUUUGUUUAUUCUUUUAAUUUUUUUCAUUUUGAGAUUUUUCUCCUAUCGUUUUUUCCCUUUUUACCCUUGAAGUGGAAAUGAAAGGAAUGCUAAUGUAUUUAUUUAGUUGUGGAAAAAGAUAAUAUACUUCUAUUGAUGUUAAUUUCUA